AUGAAAUAUAGAAAAGAUUUGUUUCCCUUGUUGGAUACAAGAGAAAUUACUGCAUGUCUACUUGAAUGUGAAUUCAAUGUAACUCAAGAACUAAUAGUCAAACCAACUGCUGAUUUUGUAACUAAUUUGUUUGAGCAGUUUCUUGACACUUUUAUGGGAAUACCACUAGGAACAAUAAGGAAGAAAGCCAGUAAGAUGUCUUGGAUAAAUCCUUUAGAAUCUGAUCAAGCAAACGGCAAAUCACAACAAUCAACAGAAGACCAUAAUGAUACUCCAGAUAAUGACAAGACAAAAGAUACUUUUCUGGCAUUGCAGCUACUCACGCUUCAUAGAUAUCUUGCAAUUUUCUUUUCUACUUGCGGUAUCAAUGAUUUUGUAUUGACUGACAUCGCGCGUCCUGAUGGAUAUAGAAUUCGAAGAAUAUUGAGUGCAGUGAUCAAUUUCAUUCGAUUUAGAGAGGAUCAAUCACCCAAAUUUGAUCAUUUGGCAAAUGAAUGUGAGGCUACUGCUGACAAGGUUAGUGAAGUUCAAGCGGAGAAUACAGCCACUAUGCAAAAAAUCAAUGCCAUCAAAGAGAAAUUGGAAAUAGAUUCGGAAAGCGACGAGAGCAAUAGAAAGAAUUUACAAUAUAUCAAUUCAUACAAUCGAAAAUUGGAGAAUAAACUAAGAGAACUUAAGGUAAUGCAAGAAUCAUUGACCAAAGAACAUGAUGAUUAUAAGCAGGAAAAAGCUUUAUUGGCCAAGAAAUUAUAUGAUAUUAAUUUCCUAUACAAUGAAACUCAAGAACAAGUUGCAAAUUUGACCAAAUAUGCUGAAACAGACUUGUCGAUUUUAGUGAAAAUAACUGAAGAUUUGAGCAAUGAUCUAACAUCGAUGCAAACCAAUUAUAAAAAUUUGGAAAAGAAUUAUCAGAAUAUGGGUAUCACUAUUGAUUCAAUUCAAGUUAAUGAAAUAAAUUUGAAAGAUUUGUUGAAAUUAGCAGAAGAUAUUACUCGAAAUGUGGAGAAACGACAAAUUGAGGCUAAAAUUUUGAAAGAUAAUCAAGAUAAUUUGGAUGAGUUAACUAGGAAACAGAUGGAAUUGGAAGGACAAAUAUUAAUUGUUCAAAACCAAUUGAAUAAACUGAAUAAAAAAUAUCAAGAUUUGAUAGUUCAAGCUGAGAAAAAGGAGUCUGCAGUUAAGUUGAAGCUCGAAGAAACCAAGCGAGAGUUUAAUGAUAUUUUGUCAGAAAAAGAAAAGCAUAAUGAGGAACAUAAAAGAAUAAUGGAUCAAAUUGUAAAGAUUCAACAAGAAACUACUGCUAUUCAAGAUGCAUUUGUAAAAGAGUCUAAAGAAGUUGAAAUCAAGUUGAUAAAUCUAAUGUCGAUAAUCAAGAGAUACAUGUCGGACUUGAGGAAUAAUAUUUGA